UCUUCUGUACGGAUGCGGAGAUCGCCGACUCACGCUUCCCGCCCUCUUCCAUUUCCCCCUCCCCCUCGCGGCUCCCCUUAUCGCGAAAUCCAAUCAACCCUAACCUGCGCGAAUCUUGCGGAGCCCUUUGUAUGGAGUCCUCCCUCUCCUACUCAGGCGGGUCUUCCUCGUUCCCACAGCAAGUCCAGGCACGAAACCCCAGCGCCAACCUCUCCGUGGAGGACAUCACGGUCAAACUCCUCAGCGCGGCGUACGCCGGCGAUGUCCCGCAAGUCAAGAAGCUGGCGAAGCGGUUAGCAAAGGCGGGGAAGAGCAUGGAUGAGGCAGUGGCGGAGAUCAAGGCCCCGUGGAAUCGAGGUCACGGGCCCUUGCACUUAGCAGCAGCGGCAGGGAAGGUGGAGACAUGCAAGUUCCUGAUCAAGGAUCUCAAGGUCCAUGUGGACACGACUGGUUCCAUUGGUGUGACACCUCUAAUCCUUGCAAUACAACAUGGGUGCUCAGCAGUUAUAAGGUUUCUUCUUGUUCAUGAUGCUGAUCCAAGCAAAGCAGCCAGCAAUGGGGUUACUCCUCUCCAUACUGCAGCAGCUCAAGAUGCAUGUGAACUAGCAGAGUUAUUGUUGUCCAAAGGAGCUUAUGUUGACCCUAUGUGGGAGAAAAGAACUCCGCUGUACAUUGCUUGUCAACGUGGAAAUGCUAGAAUGAUGGAAAUAUUGUUGCAGCAUCAGGCAGAUCCUAAUGCAGCAGUUCUUUUAGUGCAUACGCCACUGAAAGCAGCAGUCUUUGCUCGUUCAUUGGAAGGUGUGGAACUACUCAUUAAGGCUGGUGCUGAUGUCAAUGCUGGUCAGCCUGUAACUCCACUGAUAGGAGCAGCAACUGCUGGCUUUACUGAUUGUGUAAAAUGUUUGUUAAAAGCUGAUGCUGAUGCCAAUAUACCUGACAAUAAUGGUAGAGUACCCAUAGAAAUUGCUGCAAUCAAAGGAUGGCAGGAAUGUGUUGAGAUUCUUCUCCCUGUCACGACACCUUUGGCUAGAGUUGCAGACUGGAGCAUCGAAGGAAUUACUCAACAUGCAAAACUUUCGAGACCAAACCUGCAAGACCCUCUUCUCCAUGAGAACGAUAAACCUGAUUUUGAGGCAAAUGGUGAUGCUGCAUUCUCAGACAGGGAUUAUGCUCUUGCAUUGAAUCUCUAUACUAAGGCAGUGGAGACUGACCCUGGUAAUUCAACCUUGUAUGCGAAGAGGAGCCUUUGCUCACUGCAUACCGGUGACAAAAGCAAUGCUAUGUAUGAUGCUGAUACCUAUAAAGGUAUGGAACCAGACUUAUCAAAGUCUUGUUAUGCUCAAGGAGCAGCUCUGAUACUGGUGAAGGAGUAUGACAGGGCCUGUGAAGUACUCAUGUCUGGUUUGCACUUGGAUUUUGAAAGCAAACUAACUGACACAGCAUCUAGUGGGGACCAUCAGUGAAGAAAAGUUGCUACGGCAAGAAAAAAAUGGAGGCUGUUACUAUUGCACAGGCACUCAGACAGGAUAAACAGAUCAAGCAUCCAUUCGAGAGUAAGGGACCUGGAGUGCUCAUCUUUUGUUCUUUAGAACCCUGAGUUUUUUGGGACCUGUCCAGUUUUGUUUGUGAAGAUAACUGAUGUUGCACUGUAUUUGGGUUUUUUUACACUUCUUUAAAGAUCAAAAGUGCUCGAUGUCUGAAUACCUAACCGAAAAUUAUAUCACUGUUUUUGAUAUUGUACGAUUGUGGUAAUAGUGCUGCGUACCUGUCCUCAACAUCACUUCAAAACUUGUGUAGUGAAUGUUGCAAACUGUGUUCAAAGUUGUUGGAUAUCAAAAGUAUACUUUGUUAUUACCAA